AUGACGAAGUUGCUUGAGGACAUUCGGCAGACGGAUCGUUCGGCAAAUGACCCAGCUGAUCCAGAUGCUCCCGGUUGCUGGACAAAGCUGCUGGAUGAUACUAACGGGGCACAUCGGCCGCCAAUCAUCGUCGGACCUCAAACGACGGUUGAUCCUGCCAUCGUGAAGGAGAUCCUUGUGACGGUAGAUCCUGAGACGGGGAAAACGCAACAAGCCAUCGACGGGACCGCGAACGGCGACCGAGUGGCAGGUGGACGUCGGCGGGAAUCGAUAUUGGGAACAUUCCACCGGCAGUUGCGCAUGUCGCUGAAGGCGGUCAGCGAGACGCCGGGACCACUGACAAGAUACCGCCAAACACGUUACAGCUCGAGGCGCAUUCGAAAGCGAGUGAUUUUCAAGCAAGGAGACUGCAAUGUAAUUCAAGGCAAUGUAGCGAAAAGGCGUCGUCGUUAUUUACAGGAUAUAUUUACCACACUGGUAGACAUCCAGUGGAGAUGGACGCUGUUCGUUUUCGCCUGUUCGUUUAUUCUGAGCUGGUUAGGCUUCGGUGCAAUCUGGUACUUGAUAGCGCUGAGCCAUGGAGACAUUCAAGCUGUUGGUGACGAUAGCCAUAAGCCCUGCGUGACGUAUAUUUACGGGUUUACGUCGGCGUUUUUGUUUUCCCUUGAAACUCAGCAUACGAUUGGCUAUGGAAACCGCUACAUUACUGAGGAAUGCCCCGAAGGCAUUUUCAUCCUCGCCUUGCAAAGCAUCACCGGAGUGUUCAUUCAAGCAUUUAUGGUAGGCAUUGUGUUUGCGAAGCUAUCGCGACCGAAGAAACGCGCCCAAACGCUACUAUUUUCCAAAAAUGCCGUCAUCUGCCAUCGGGAUGGAGUGCCCUGUUUGCUGUUCCGCGUCGGAGACAUGCGCAAAAGCCACAUCAUCGAGGCGCACGUGACGGCCCAAAUAAUCCGUCGCAAGGUCACCAAAGAAGGCGAGAUUCUUCCCUUUUACCAGCAAAACAUGGAGGUCAGCUGUGACGGUGGCGAUGAUCGGUUGAUGUUCAUCUGGCCAACGAUCGUAGUGCACAAGAUCGAUCGCGAUAGCCCACUGUAUGGGUUGACUGCACAGGACAUGCUCCGAGAGCGGUUCGAAAUCGUCGUUAUGUUGGAGGGCGUUGUUGAAUCGACCGGUAUGACGACGCAGGCGCGUAGCAGCUAUCUACCAUCGGAGAUCCUUUGGGGCCAUCGUUUCGACCCGGUGGUAACGUUCAAGCGUGAAACAGGGGAGUAUGAGGUUGAUUACACGACGUUCAACAACACAUAUGAGGUCGAUACGCCACUCUGUAGUGCUCGCCAGUUGCGUGCAGUGAAAAAGGAGCUAAACAAGCAAAACGGCAUAACGGUAGACUCGUCCGAAAGUGAUGAAUCCGACACAUCGUCGAUGGACAACAUGUCCUCGCGCAAGAACUCCAUGAGCAACGGUUAUCUGCGCUUCGCUCCGGUGUACGGCACAGCAAAUGAGCAAACGGGAAUGAGCACCGCGAAUGGGGUGGUCGGUGACUCGAUGACGUCGGCAACAGUUUCCCCAGCUACCCAAACUGUCUCACCCGGAAGCGAACGGAAAAAGACGUUUCGGAAACUUUCCAUCAAGGAGCCUUCGAUGGAUUCGCUGUGCUAGUCCCGCGUAGGCGUGUGCGAGUGUCGCGGUACCAUCUUCCUCGUUCGCUAGAACUUCGGUGACCGUCCAGUGGCAGGUUGCGGUGGCAGAAACGAUCGUGACACGAAUGAGACAUCAGCAAGGGCCAGGUUUGAGUGCAAAAGGUGUAGAGACUAAUAUCUCGGGCCAGGAAUUGCAAGCCAGCGCUGGGAAGUGGAUCGCUUUUUGAAGCGUUGAGGAGUGAACUCUGAGGACUAGAACCGGCGGUUUGGUUACAUUAGUUUUGUUCCAUUUUAUCGAAUCCGCUUCCAGCGAUCGCGUGUGGUUGCAACGGAGUGAAGUUUAUUUUACCUUUUACAAAUUUCCAGUUCUGUCUGUAAGUAGUUUAAGAACCUUAUUGCCAUUAAGAAAAGAAUCUCGCUGAUGCGACGUGGAAUAGAGAAUAGCAGAGCGCAUUCUCUCGCCCGAUGGGUAAAGCGUGCAGUAUAUAUAGUUAGUGCAAUCGAUCGCAACUCGUUUGCGUGACAGUUCAAGAAGAAGCGAACAUUUGUGGUUAGUCCCUAUGGGUUGCGAUCGAUCGAGUUUAAAGCGACGGUAUUGUAGCUGAUAACAAAUAAAGGAACGAAGCCAAUAUAUGC